AUUUGAACACACUAUUAAUAAUUAUCAUUUAUUUUUUUCUUUAAUAUAUAUUUCACACUAUUAAAAUAAAAUGUUUAGAAAUUUAAGAAUUGUUAAUUCAAGAAAUUUAAAUAAUUGUUUAAAAUUAAAUAAUAGAUUAUCAAAUAAAUCAUUUUCAACAUCAUCUUCAGGUAUUUUACCAAUUACUACAUUAACAGAAAAUGAAGAAAUGUUAAAAAAUCAAGUUUCAAGUUUUGCAAACGAAAGAAUUUUACCUUUAGUUAAAGAAAUGGAUGAAAAGUCAAUGCUUGAUAUGAAUAUAUUAAAGAAUUUAUUCGAAAUGGAUUUAAUGGGUAUCGAAAUCCCAGAACAAUAUGGUGGUGCAGGUAUGAAUUUUAUGUCAUCAAUUAUCGCAAUCGAAGAGUUGGCUAAAGUAGAUCCAUCUAUCAGUGUCAUCGUCGAUGUUCAAAAUACAUUAGUAAACAAUUGCAUCAAUCGUUAUGGUAAUGAAGAGCAAAAGAAAAAAUAUUUAAGUUUAUUAGCUAAAAACACAGUUGGUUCAUUCUGUUUAUCAGAAAGUGGAAGUGGUAGUGAUGCAUUCUCAUUAGCCACAAGAGCUACCAAACAACCUGACGGUACUUUUGUACUCAAUGGCACAAAACAAUGGAUUACAAAUGCUAAAGAAGCUGGUGUUUUCAUUGUUAUGGCAAAUGUUGACCCAUCACAAGGUUACAAAGGCAUCACUGCAUUCAUUGUAGAGUCAAGCAAUCCAGGUCUUAAAAUUGGUAAAAAAGAAGAUAAAUUAGGUAUUAGAGCUUCAUCAACUUGUGAAGUUAUCCUUGAUAAUUGUGUUGUUUCAAGUGAUAGUAUUUUAGGUCAAUUAGGUAAAGGUUAUAAAAUUGCUAUCGAAGGUUUAAAUGAGGGUCGUAUUGGUAUUGCUGCUCAAAUGUUAGGUUUAGCUGAAGGUGUUUUUGAAUCAACUAUCCCAUAUUUAAUGGAGCGUAAACAAUUUGGUAAACCAAUUGCUGAGUUCCAAGGUAUGCAAUUCACAUAUGCUGAUUUAGCCAUCGAUAUCGAAGCUGCUAAACUUUUAACUUAUAAUGCCGCUCGUAUGCAAGAAGCUGGUUUACCAUUCGUUCACCAAGCUUCAAUGGCAAAACUUUAUGCAUCACGUGUUGCUGAAAAGACUGCUUCUGCUUGUAUUUCAAUGUUGGGUGGUGUUGGUUUCACCAAAGAAUUCCCAGCUGAGAAGUUUUUCAGAGAUUCUAAAGUUGGCCAAAUUUAUGAAGGAACAACAAAUAUUCAACUUCAAGUUGUUGCUAAAUCAAUCUUAAAAAAUUUUAAAAAUUAAAUAAACAAAUAAAAUAAACUUAUAAAGU